CUUCAACUCAUAUUUUUCAUAUGUGUUGCAGAUGAGGCAUUCCUGGAACACUUCCUGUACGGCUGCAAGAACAGGCUGUCCCGAUGCAAGGAAGUCCUGGACAUGUACUACACCGUGCGGGGUGCGGUGCCCGAGUUCUUCAAGAACAGAGAUGCAACCUCCAAGAGUUUUCAAGAAUGCUGUGAAGUCGUACAAUUUUUGGUACUACCGCGCAUGACCCCUGAGGGCUACAGGGUGGUCUUUAUGAAGAUGCGAGAGCUGGACCCGGCGAGGUUUGAAGUAGAAGAGUCCAUCAAGAGAGCCUUCAUGGGCUUCGACCUGCGCCUGCGCGCUGAGAAAGUUCUGGGAGACGUGCAUGUGUACGACGCUACGGGCAUCACCUGGGCCCACCUCAUGAAGUUCACACCCACCAUCCUCAAGAAGCUCAUAGUCUGCAUCCAGGAUGCUUUGCCUAUUCGCAUCAAAGCAAUGCACUUCGUCAACGCGCCAGUAUUUAUGGACAAGUUUAUUGCUUUCCUAAAGCCUUUCUUCAAACCCAAGCUAAGGAAAAGGUUGUUCGUGCACUCGCAGGGGGUCGAGGCGCUUCACGAGUUCUACCCGGCGAAACUGUUCCCGGCGGAGUUCGGCGGGACUGCGCCCGGAGCCCAGGAGCUCAGCGACAUGUGGACUCAAAAAUUGCUGGAUGAAAGAGACUGGUUCCUGAGUGAGGAGAAGAAGAUGGCUGACGAGUCGAAGCGUCUAGGAAAGAUUCUGGACUCUGGAGAACUCUUUGGGAUGGACGGUUCAUUCCGAACACUAUCCAUCGACUAAAUUGAAGAUUUUUUAAGAAUAUAUUAAUUUUUAUAACAUACAUUAUAUUAUACAUUAUAAUACACAUUGUUUAUUUGCUUAGUAGAAUGUCACUUUCUUUAAAUGUAAUCAAUGUUUAUUUUGGUUACAGUUAAAGCUUUAUACGUAGUUUACAGUAAACAAAUGGGAAAACUGAUUCAGCCAAAUUGUUUUGGCACUUAUAGACAUUAAAGAUAUAAAAUCUUCAGCUUCCUCAAAUAAAUAUUUUUUUUCAAACAAUUCAAUACUUGAAAGUAUAUAAUUUACUGGUCAAUUAUCGAAGCUGUCUUAAUAUAUAUAAUGUAUUAGAAUAAAAAUUCCUGUUAUUUUUACAAAAUAAAUAAAUAUUUUAACUAAAAA